AUGCAAACUCAGCGUGAUGGUACUUUGCCUCCUGCCGUGACUCCAUCCUCCCGAUUUAUUGAAUCCGGCUUUGGGCCUGGAAUUUGGCCUUUAAGAGAGAGACUUGCUUUGGCAACAUCUUUGCGGGAUUCUAAUAAUCAGCAGCUCACUUGGCAUGCGGUUAGUAGACGUCUUCUUGAGUUCACUCCCUUGGGAAGACCACCCACCUGGUGCUCCUCCCGUGCUUGUGCUAAACAGUACGCCCUUUUGUUGGAUUCCGCUGAGAUGAUAAGGAAAGAAAAACAAAUGGAGACUUAUAUCGCUGAGCGUAGAAUAGCGGCUGGCGGGUUUGUCAAUGCAAAUGAUGCUUACAUGCCUAAGCCCAUAUGGAAUUCAUCAAGCUUAGAUGACUAUAUAAUUAAGCGUCUUACUUCUGAACGUGUUGAAGAGUUACGGUCUUCAAUUAAACGAGUGAAAGUGGAACACGAAUCACUGAAGAAGAAAUUAGAAGCGUUGAGGUCAAGAUGUUAUAGUGAUGAAGAGAUUUUAGAGCUGUGGAAUCGAAUACAAAGAAUUGAUGAUGACGAGCCUCCAAAUGAUAUUUUUUCUUCACCAGAUCCCUCGGUCAAAGUCCCAGAAGAGAGUAGCUCACGAAAUUCUGAAAUUGAUCGAUUCAUUUACGAAAUUAAAAGUCUUUCGACAAGUUCCAGGAUCCCAGAAACGACCUGGGCCUUUUCCAAUUGCUCCUUAGCAUCUGUGAAUGGCAGGAGCUCUUCUAAUUCCUUAAAUCCGUUAUCCACUCUUGAAGGAUCCAGAAAUCGUCAAACUCAACACUCAAAACAAAAAGGACAAAGAUCUUCUUUAAUAGGUCACUCAAAGUCUCUGCCACAUCAUUAUCAGCAGCUGCAUGGAGUUUCCGCCACAACAGUGGCUAAUAAUCUCUUGAUGCAAGCAAAACGUCGUUGUCAGCAACACCAGCAUAAAAAAUCCAAUUCCCAAGAUGUAAUGGCAUCUAGUCCCGCUUCUUCAAUCUCAGUAGAUCACCCAAGAGUUGCCGCAGCUGCUGCCAAAGCUGCAGAUGCCGCUCGCCGCCGAUAUCUUGCAGCCGCUGCCUAUCGUCUUGCUAGUCGCUUUCCGAGGCGUCGAGGUCGGCCUAGUAAGAAGGAGAUGCUAGGAAAGCAGCGUGCUGAGAGGGCUUAUUAUAAAGAGGCUGAAGAAGAAGCAAAAAAGGCUGCCGCACUCGCUGCCAGCGCUGCUAUCGUUGUAUAG